AGGACCCCUAUGAGCUCUCAGACAAUGAACCAGAAAAGCGUAACCCUGGUAUUCUUGCACUUGCUGGUCCUAAGCUGCUGCCUCAGCACAUUUGCCGCCUCAAACAUCAGCCUGAAAACGUUCAUCGGCUGUGCCGUGCGGGAAUUCACCUUCUUGGCUAAGAAACCGGGCUGUAAGGGUCUGCGUGUCACCACUGAUGCCUGCUGGGGGCGCUGUGAGACUUGGGAGAAACCUAUACUGGACCCUCCCUAUAUAGACGCUUACCACAGGGUCUGCACCUACAAUGAAACAAAGCUGGUUACUGUGAAACUACCGGACUGCAGCGCCAGCGUGGAUCCAUUCUUCACUUACCCUGUGGCAAUCCGGUGUGACUGCGGCGUCUGUUCCACUUCCACCACGGAAUGUGAGACUCUGUGAGAAUCUGACGCUGGCCGCAAGAAAACUCGAAACAGGCCCAACUGAUGGGAAGGGCUUAUAUUUACUUACUGUUAUAGAUAUGUGCAGUAUUCUCUGCUUAUAACCUUAUUUCCCUAUAUAUUUCCAUUUAUUCCUCAGUGAGGCUAAGUGCUUACUAAGCUGUAAUAGUAAGCUACACUCGUCUAAUGCAAACUGCUCAAAUGUAGCAUAUUCCUAGGAACCUGUGGUGUUCCUGAAACACUCUGUGCCUCAGUGAUGCCAUGGUUUAGAUGAUAAAUGUUGGUCUUCACUGUGUGUAAAUUAAACGUGCACUUUAAAUAUCCUUUAU